CCGAAAUAUACAUGUUUCAAGGCACUGGAAAUAUCGUAGAGAAGAUCCAACAACAAAAGAAGUUACACCCGAGUUUUGUGUUGGUUUGGAGCAAUUUAUGAGUUUUGCUUCAACGCAACCUUUAUGUCAAGAGCACGAAAAAUUGCAAUGUCCAUGUAAAGAUUGUAGAAAUUUAAAAUUUCUAAGCCAAGAAGUGGUCUGCAAACAUCUAUAUCGAAGGGGUUUUAUGGAUGAUUACUACGUAAGGCAUAUGCAUGGAGAAGAAGUCAGGACAACGAUGAAUACUGUUGUAUGGACACAGACAGAGGAGGUAGAAGCAAUUGGAGAAAAUCAAUCUUUUGAUUUUGAAACAAGAAAUUCGUACGCUCAAAUGGUGACAGAUGUUUUUCCGGGGGUAUUUGAGCAAGUUCAACAACAAUAUGAAGAGUCGAAUAAUGACGCAAAAAUAUUUUUCGUCAUUUGCUCACGAUGGCAAAUCAUCCUAUAUACGAAGGAUGCAAACAAGUUCAUUCUCGAUUAUCAUUAGCAUCAAGAUUGAUAAGCAUGAAAACAGAUUAUAAUGUUAUUGAGAAUUGAUGGAUUCGUUUUGCAAGACAUUGCAUGAGUAUUUACCGGAAAACAAUCAAGCUCCGCAGUCAUAUUAUGAUACGAAAGCAAUCUUGAAGGAUUUGAGAAUGCCUCAUGAAAAGAUUGAUGUCUGCAGAGACAGUUGCAUGCUUUUUUGGGAUACUGAUAAAGAUUUGAUGAAGUGUAAAUUUUGUGGAGCGAAUAGAUAUCGACCGAGUAAGAAAAGAUCUCUAGAAAAAGUGCCAUAUAAGAAGAUGUUCUUUUUGCCUGUGUCGUAUAAAUUGAGAAGGUUAUAUGAAUAAGAGAAAACGACAUCACAUAUGAGAUGGCAUGCAAAUCAUUCGAGCUCGACAGAAGAUAUGCAACAUCCAUCCGAUGACAUUGCAUGGAAAGAUUUCAAUAAGAUAAACAGGGUAUUAUUGACGAUUUGCAAGAAUCCGUUCGAUGUGGAGGUAAUUUUGGGCAUACAAAAUGCAAAGGAUUUGGUGAUCGGCACAACUGGAAAGACAAAGGAUAAUGUCAAUUCGAGGAAGGACAUGAAUGAAAUCUGUAAAAGAAAAGAGUUGAAGCUAACACAUGAUGAACUGUUAAAACCGAGUGUGCACGAAGGAUUAUGUGGUAUAAGUUCAUUUUUCAGAGAUAUUUAUGCCAAAAAUUUAAGAAGAAGUAAUUUGGAAGUUCUAAAGAUCAACAUCACGGAGAUACUAUGUGCAUUGGAAAAGGAGUAUAACCAUCUCGCUACUUAUAUUUUAUUGAAUUGCGUAGAACUUCGUCAUUACGAGAGGAUCUUUGAGGAGCAGGUUUUAGAAGCUUACCCAAAUUUAAGUGUCGAAGCUUUCGACGAAUUGAAACAAGAAAACUACGCAUCUUGGUUGAGAGACCAUGUUCAAUCUUUACGUGACGAGAGGAUUCCGCAUUGGGUGCGAGAUUUAUCACAAGGGCCUAGCAGAAGAGUGAUAUCAUGGUCGAUCAUGUUCACGCGUGGAUACACAUUUCACACGAUUGAACAUGGGAAACAUCGUAAUACGUUCAACUACAGAGAGUGCAUCAAGAGUUCGAAUUACAGUGAUUGAUCAGAUGAUUCAGAUUUUUUUGGAGUUUUACAUCAUAUCAUCCAGAUCGAAUAUCCCGUAUUAGUCGGUCUGAAAACAGUUGUCUUUCGAUGUCAUUGGUUCGAUACAACCAUGGGACGUGGAUCGCGAAAAAACAAAUGGGAGGAAUCGACAUCAAUCCAACAUGAGCAUAUCCUAAAUAUGAUCCUUUUAUUCUCUCGGAUCAAAGUGAUCAGGUCUGUUUCAUUCCAUACCCAAAAUAUCAUGUAUCCCAACAUAAAAUACGCAAAGAAGAUCAAUAGUCAUCUGUGGUGAAAAUCAAUCCUCGAAGAAUGGUGAUCAAUUCAUCAACAAUUGAAGAUUCAGAAGAAGUGGUGCAAGACCCAAGUGAAAAUUCAGUGUUUCCUAUUCGACUUGAAGAUUAUGAAGACACACUUGUAGUUGCGGAUGUAGAAGAUGAAGAUAUUGAUAAUUUUACCCAAGUUGAACCCGAUGAAUUUAUUUCCGA